ACACGAGGACUGUUUCAAGGCUCGCCCUACGGACCAAUCCAGAACCCAUCCAUUCAUGGGUAGCUGCAGAUUCCAGUUUCUCUGGGAACCUCCCGGCGGACCGAACCGCCGAUUGUGCGACGCUUGCGGGAGGGACGUUAGAGGGUUUGUGUAUCAUGAUCAAUACAAACACAAGCUGGAUUUGCACCCUUGUUGCAUGAACCUUAAGAGCACCAUGUCUGAUCCUUCUAAUAGGAUGACGCUGAUUCUUAAGGACAAAAUGCCCUCCAAGUGUGUGAAAUGUGAGAGGAAGGAUUUAAAAGUACCGAGCAAAGGGUCGUUCAGAGGGUGGUCCUACGUGUCUUCUUGCGGAAACUAUUGUUACCAUGUCUAUUGUGUGAAGAAAUUGAUUCUGGAUAACUGGGAAAGUGGCUAUUUCAAUGUUGGUUCCUCUUCGUCUCCUAGAGGAAGAAACUUGUCUAUAGAUGAGACUGCAAGCUCAACCUCGAUCACAUCAACCAAAAGUUCGUUGGCCUUGGCAAGGAGAGGCUCCUCGAGAUCAUCUCUCACUCGUGGGCUGAUCAAACUGGCGAAGAUAGGUUUCAGCGUUAUAAUAUCAGUUCUAUUCGGGAAUCCAACUCCACUGUUUACUGCUCUAGCUGAAAGCUUACUGGAUUAAAGGUUUUUGAUAGAUCCAGGUGUGACGAACUUGUGAUAGCUGA